AUGCCAGGCCCGAUCCCACUUCGUAUGCAGCAAGUGCAUCUUGGUCGCGGCCCCCUCGGCCAUUUGGCCGUCAAUCCGAGUCAAGAUACGCCAGAAACUGUUUACGCAAGUGAACAUGAGAAGCAUGAGUCCAUUCUACUCGAGAGAUGCCCUGCCGACAUCUGGCCCGGAGGCACAUCUUACACUUACGGCUGCCCGCGACCAAUCCUCAUGUACAAGCGCCAUCACAAUCAAUUAGUGCUGUUUCAUGAGUCCAUCAUCAUUGCCAUUGUGGACAUUGUCAAAAGGUGGUUUACAGAUGGAGACGCGAGAUUCCCGGAGAGGAUGCCCCUUCUGAAAGACGAAGAAGAACUCUUGCAGGGAGACUCUGACAAAUACCAGUGGUUGGACACGCAAGUCGCAGAGGGUAACCUCGCGCCUUACUCUACAGAAACUCUUGGAUCUUGGAGGCCCGAUUUUCUGGUUGAAGACGACAAUGGUGACGAGAACUUCCGUCUCACAGAGAUAAAUGCCCGAUUUUGCUUCAAUGGCUUCAUGCAUGGAAGCUACGGACAGACGGCGCUUGACAGCAUGGGCAUGGAGAAGUCAGGGCUCGUUGGUGCCGCAGAUGGAGCAGAGUUUGUUAACGGACUCUUCCGUCUCUUUCGGAAUGACCGUCCUCUUUAUUUGCUGAAAGGUGAAGAAAAGGGAAUUGACAUUGGCAUGUUCAUACAUGCUGUUCAGCUCCGGCUCGGCGUCACCCCACGCCUGAUUACCCCCGACGACUUGCGACUUAUUCCCGACCCUGAGGAUCCGAGACGCACCAUGCUCUGCUGCUUGGUGAAGUCAUCCGCCAAGAGCUCAUCGACGCUGAAGACGCCGAGCGGGGAGGUGGUGGAAAAGAUCGACCAGGUUGGGCUGGAGCUUCAGCAACGAGAGCUCGCGGCCCUAGACCGGGACAUGAUGCGCCACAUCAGCCUGCGCUGCUUCAACGACAUGCGGACAAUCCUGCUCGUCCACGACAAGCGCAUGUUGGGCAUCAUCCAGCAGGAGCUGCCGUCCCUGGUGCGGCGUGGCGUGCUUUCGGUGGAGCAGGCGCAGGCGCUGGCCAAGGGCAUCGCCGACACGGCGCUGCCCGGCUCGCGGUACAUGCAGGAGCUGCUGCACCAGUCGCAAGCCGACCCGGGCCUGAAGGACGGAUACCUGCUCAAGCCCGUCCGCGGAGGCAAGGGGGCGGGCAUCGUGUUUGGCGAGGACCUCGACGCCGACGAGUGGCUGGCCGCGCUGCGCGACCUGCAGAGCCCCAGACUGGAUCCUGCCGGCGCGAGCCUGGUGGCCCAGCGCAGGGUGGUGCAGCACGACUAUGAGCUGGUGCUGAAGCGGUGCGGCAAGGUCUUCUCCCAGCCUCUGGUCGGAACGUACCACACCGUCCACGGCGCAUACCUCGGGAUUGGGACGUGGCGCAGCAGUGGUGGCCGCAUCUGCGCGGUGAGCAGCGGAGGUGCCUGGAUCUGCUCCGUGAUGAGCCCUGAUUAA